AGAGAGAAAGAGAGAGAGAGAGCAUCUCUUAACAACACAUAGCCCCUGAUGGUGAUGGCCAAGGAGAUAUGCCAAGGGCGCUAUCGCAACAACUAUGGCGAUGGCCACAUCCAUUUCCUCGUGGCGGUCUACAGCAUGCAGGGCCACCUCAACCCGGCGCGUUGCCUUGCCCGCCGUCUCGCCGGCAUCGGCGGCGCCACCGUGACUCUGUCGAUGCCAAUCUUCGGCCACCGCCGCACACUUGCUUCCGACGAGGAGGUCAACGACGGUGCCAUCUCCUACAUCCCCUUCUCCGACGGCAAGGACGACGGCAGCUGGGCCAAGGACUGGGAGGAGAGGACGUGGCGCCGCAGAGCAAGCGCCGAGAGCCUCUCUGCCGUGGUCGGCCGUCUCGCCGCCGAAGGCCGGCCGGUCACGUGCAUGGUGUCCACGCUCAACAUGCCGCCGGCCAUCGACGUUGCACGCGAGCACAGGAUACCGUUCGCCGUCUUCUGGGUCCAGCCGGCGACAACUCUCGCCACAUACUACCACUACUUCCACGGCCACGCGGAGAUGAUCAACUCCCGUGCCGCCGACACGGCAUGCGUGGUUAGCCUACCAGGUCUGCACCCUCUUAGCAUCCGCGAGAUGCCAUCUUUAAUCAUUGACAAGGACGAGGCCUCCAAGAUGUAUCUCCGAGGGUUCGGUGAACUAUUCGAGCAGAUCGAGCAGGACAAGGCCAUGGUCCUGGUGAACACGUGCGACGCCCUAGAGCUAGAGGCGACGUCGCUAAAGGCAUUACAGUCACACCUGGAUGUCAUCGCCGUGGGCCCGACGGUUCCUCCUGCCGGUGCCGGAGAAGAAGCGAUCCAUCUGUUCCGGCGAGACGAGAAGAAGUACAUGGAAUGGCUGGACUCGCAGCCGGCCAAGUCGGUGGUGUACGUCUCCUUUGGGAGCUUGGGGACGUACAGCCAGCGGCAGGCGGAGGAGAUCCUGCGUGGCCUGCGGUGCUGCGCGCGGGCCUACCUUUGGGUGGUGCGCCGUGAAGGGCGCAUGGAGGAGGUGGAGCGCCUCAUCAUGGGGACGGGCGCCGAGGACGACGAGAGCACGGGGAUGGUGGUGGAGUGGUGCGAUCAGCUGCGGGUGCUGGCGCAUCCCUCGGUGGCGUGCUUCGUCACGCACUGCGGGUGGAACUCGACGCUGGAGGCCGUGGCGUCCGGUGUGCCACCCGUCGCGGUGCCGGGCUGGUCGGACCAGUCGUUGAACGCGCAUCUGGUGGAGGAGUGGGGCGUCGGCGUCCGGGCGGAGCGCGACGCGGAGGGACUGCUGCCCGGCGUGGAGCUGGCGAGGUGCGUGGAGCUGGUGAUGGGUGACGGCGGGACGGCCGCCAAGGUCAAGACCAAUGCCGCUGCUUACCAGGAGAAGGCGCGACAGGCGAUGGCCGCGGACGGCCCGUCGGAGAGGAACCUUGGGAGCUUCGUCAACAGGGUGCGACAUCUAGUUGCUGCCGUGGAGAAAAACCAUGCAUGAAUCGUGACAAUGAUCGAUCCAUUCCACCGCUUCCAUAGCACACAUACAAGGAAUGAACAUGAAGAAUCAUCGCCCGGCCUUUCAAGUUUAAUUUUAAUUGUUGUAAUCUGUGAAUCUUUCUCGUUGGUCCUUGUCGCGGAAUUUGAGAAUUUGAUUUGCCGAGACCCGCUUGAGAAUUU